AGCCACUGCUAAUUGCAGAGAGAUUCAGAUUCCAUAAAAGGAACCAAGAGGAGGGUGAAUCUGUCUCACAGUUCAUAGCUGUAUUGAAACGGUUGUCUGAACAUUGUGAAUUUGGACUUUCACUCAAUGACACCAUACGUGACAGACUGGUGUGUGGUCUACGCAGUGAGGCCAUCCAGAAACGACUGCUUACGGAGGCUGAUCUAACCCUGGAAAAGACUGUGCGUAUAAGUACAUCAAUGGAGAUGGCUGCCCAUGAAGCACAGCAGUUAAGUGCCUCAGUUCAAGUUAAUAAAUUGUCUUUGGAGCCACAAAACAAGGCGACAGCUGGCAAUCCAUGCUACCGCUGUGGGAGGCCGGGACAUCAGUCAUCAGAGUGUUGGUGUAAGGACUUGGACUGUAGAAACUGCGGGAAGAAAGGACACAUCGAACGUGCCUGUAAAGCGAAAAAGGCUCAGACGAGCAAACAGCACACUGAGACCAAGAAAAGUGGUUUCCAACGGAACAAGAGAAAACAGGUGAAUAUGGUGGAACGUGACCAGGAUGAGCCAAGCGACUGUGACUCUGAUGAUGAGAUCACAGUACAUGUUUUAUCUGUCAGGGACAGUGAUGAUGGAUAUUGGGUCACACCACUGUUGGAGAACCAUCCUAUAAGAAUGCAAGUAGACACUGGUUCACGCGUAUCGAUGGUAUCAGAAGCGGUUUACAGUGAAGAACUGCAGCACCUUGUGCUACAACCAACCCGGCUGAAGUUAAGGACCUACACAGGAGAACCGGUCCCAGUGCUGGGAGUUGUGGAUGUGACAGUGGAACACAACGGACAGAAAAAGACUCUUCCACUGUAUAUCAUUCAAGGCAAACGGCCAGCAUUGCUAGGCCGCCGGUGGCUGGAAAAGCUCAGGCUGAAUUGGCAGGAAGUGUUCCUAGUUAGGGAUGGGGACACAGGGCCACUACAGGAGAUUCUAAAGACACAUUCCCCCGUUUUUGAUGGAGAACUUGGCAGCAUGAAAGACAUUACAGUUAAGCUGACAGUGAAACCAGGAAGCGUGCCAAAAGCUUUCAAAGCGAGACCUGUUCCAUAUGCCAUAAAACCGAAGGUGGAGGCAGAAUUAGCCAGGUUAGUGAAGAGUGGAGUACUGGAACCAGUGAGCACAAGCGAAUGGGCAACACCGAUUGUUCCAGUCAUGAAAAAGGAUGGAACUCCACGGAUCUGUGGUGACUUUAAAGUCACAUUGAACCCUGUCCUACAUGCUGAGAAGUAUCCCUUGCCCCUUAUUGAGGAGCUUUUUGCAGGCCUAGCUGGAGGCCAGAAGUUUAGUAAGAUAGAUUUAUGUCAAGCCUAUCUACAAAUGCAUGUGGAUUCAGAGUCACAAGAGUUGUUGACUAUAGUGACACACAAGGGCCUGUAUAAGUACCGCAGGCUCCCUUUUGGAAUUACCUCUGCCCCAGCACUGUUCCAAAGAGCCAUGGACCAGAUUCUCAGUGGGAUACCAGGGGUCCAGUGCUAUCUCGAUGAUCUGCUCAUCACGGGACCGGAUGAGCAGUCACACUUGAGGAAUCUGGACAUCACACUGAAAAGAUUGGAGGAAUAUGGCCUGAGAGUUCGGAAGGAUAAGUGUGAGUUUUUCCAGCCCUCUGUUGAAUACCUGGGGCAUGUAAUCGACAGCACAGGACUCCACAAGGCACCAUCAAAAGUGAAGGCUGUUGUAGAGGCUCCAUCUCCGAAGAAUGUAAGUCAGCUAAGGUCAUUCCUGGGCCUCCUAACAUACUAUGCAAAGUUUGUGCCUAACCUUGCAAAUGCAUUGAAGCCUCUGCAUGAACUUCUGAACAAAACUAAGAAAUGGAAGUGGACGUAUAAAUGUGAGACAGCUUUCAAGGAAGUGAAGACAGCGCUGUCACAAUCUGAGGUACUCACUCAUUUUGACCCCACAUUGCCAAUUCAGCUGGCAUGUGACGCCUCACCUUAUGGUGUGGGGGCAGUAGUGUCACACAUAAUGCCAUCGGGCGAUGAAAGGCCCAUCGCUUUUGCAUCAAGGACAUUGAGUAAAGCAGAAAGCAAUUACGCCCAAAUUGAGCGUGAGGCACUAUCUAUAGUGUUUGGGGUGAAAAGAUUUCACCAGUACCUUUAUGGCAGAAAAUUCACGCUACUGACUGACCAUCGGCCUCUCACCUCCAUUUUUGGUUCCCAUACUGGCAUUCCAUCGCUUGCUGCCAGCCGUAUGCAACGAUGGGCUCUUUUACUGUCUGCCCACCAGUACGACAUUAAAUAUAGGAAGGCAGAUCAGCAUGGAAAUGCUGAUGGGCUGUCAAGACUUCCACUGCCGGUCACACACAUUGAGCCAAACCAGGCUGAGAUAUUCUACUUCAAGGAAGCGGCUGCUACCCCAGUGACCUCAGCUCAUGUGAAGAGACACACUCGCAAUGACCCAAUCAUGUCUGAAGUUAUGGACAUCAUUGCUUGCGGCAGAAAAGGAGAUAUGACCCAAAGCUUAAAGCCAUAUCUGAUGAGGAGAAAUGAGCUUUCAGUCCAGUCUGGAUGCUUAUUGUGGGGCUAUCGUGUCAUUAUUCCUCCACCAUUAAGAGCAAAAGUGCUUGAUGAGCUUCACUCGGGGCACUGUGGUGUAGUGCGAAUGAAAGAAAUGGCACGCAGCUAUUUCUGGUGGCCAAGCCUGGAUGCAGCUAUAGAAGAAAAAGCCAAGUCAUGCUCUGCCUGCCAGAAACUGAGAAACCUCCCACAGCUGGCUCCCUUGCAUCCGUGGGAUUGGCCUGAGGAACCAUGGCAAAGAGUCCAUGUUGAUUUUGCUGGACCACUGGAGAACCACAUGUUCUUCGUUGUAAUUGAUGCUCAUAGCAAAUGGCCUGAGGUCGCUGUCAUGAAGAGCACCUCGUCAGAGAGAACCAUUGAAGAGUUGAGAUCCAUUUUCAGUCGUAAUGGUCUGCCACAGCAGUUGGUUAGCGACAAUGGUCCACAACUGGUGUCAGAAGAAUUUAAGGCAUUUAUGGAGGAGAAUGGUAUUCAGCACAUCAAGUCUGCGCCCUAUCAUGCGGCUACAAAUGGGCUUGCGGAAAGAUUUGUACAGGCUCUGAAGAAAGCUCUCAAGUCCUCUCCAAGCACGCAAACCCUUAACAGGCGCCUCAAUGCUUUCUUGUUGGCAUAUCGAAACACCCCUCAUGCUACCACUAAGGUGUCCCCUGCCUCAGCGAUGUUCAAGAGACAACUCCGCACUCGACUAGAUCUCCUGAAACCUCAAAAGACAAGAGAGGUUGUGCACCAGCAACAGAAGGCUCAAGUGGAAAGACGGGCAAAUGCAAAAUUGCGGAGCUUCAUGGUAGGAGACCGGGUUCUCGCUAGGAACUACACCAAUGAUAUAAAGUGGGUGCCUGCGACCAUUGUUUCCAAAACAGGUCCUGUCUCAUAUACUGUAGAAACCAGUGACCAUCGCAUCUGGAGAAGGCACCUCGACCAACUGCUGCACACUUCUGGGUCUCAUGAUGACUCACGCCAGCCGACAUCUUUUGUUCCGGAGCUGUGUCCUUCCCUGGAGCAGCCUCAAACCCCAGACACGGCUGCUGUUCGAAGUACACCUGGAUUUGCUCCUAGCACACCAGAACCUGCACGAGUACCUGCCUCAGGUUUCACUUCACCCAGACCAGAACCCACACCAUCUACAGUGACCGAAGUGCCUAGAGGUCGUGUUUACCCUCAACGAGAAAGACGACCCCCAGAUAGACUGUCAUUGUAGUCUAGGCGCUGACCCGUGUCAUUGGGGCAGAAUAAUCCCCAGGGUUCAGUUUGGGAUUGAGGUAGUCCACCCUCAUUCUCUAGUUCAGGCAAGUGUUGUAUUUGUUUAAAGUUAUCGUUGAACAGUUUAUAUUUCACAAAAGAGACUAACGUGUAUUUUGAAGUUGGCUUUGAUUUUGUUAUUUUAUUUUUUGUUAAGGGAACCUUAAAAGUAAAAGGGGAGGGAUGUUGUGUAUUAACAGUCCUAGUUUUGUCCCUGCUGAGUUACCGUCAUGCCUCCUGCUCUUGAUGUCACUUCCUGUAUCAUACAGUGUUGUUGUUGACCUGGAGAAUAGUAAAUGUGAAGCUACAGAGCAACCGACGUUUCCGUGUCCUUAUAUUAUUAUUGGUGUAAUGCCCAACCAUAUAUAUGGGUAUAUAACAGAAUCCAUUUAUGUCAAAAUAGCUUGGCUCCGAGUUACCCAUUUAUAGCGUUGUUGCUUUAAUCUCACUCUCCUGGCUUCUGUCUGCUCCUACAUUUCACUCUUCCUUUUUGCUUGACCAUCGUGUG